CCCGCAACGCAUAAGCACCCCAAGGAUCUCCGUCGCUGAACAACCUGGAGGUCCCCUCUGCUCUUUUCAUGCCUCUGCGUCUCUCGCGCUUCUCGCUCGCGCAGGCGCUCUUCCUCUCCUCCCUCCCGCCCGGGGCCCGGGUUACAUCCGGGAACCCUGGGAAGUGGGCGGGGCAUCCCUGACCGCUCUCCGCCGCCGAGCAGCCGAGGCGUCGCGGGCGUUGGAGCCGCAGGGAGGAGCCGGAGCUGCCGGGCCGGCCAGGGCCGCCUUUCCCGACCCCCGACAUGGCGGUGAGCCCCUGCCGCUCCUUCUCGGGGGCCGCCGCCAGCGGCCGAGGGGGAGGCCGAGCUGGGCGGCGGGAGGCGCCGUCGUCUUCGCCAGCCAAGAUGGCGCCCGCUCGCCGCGGGGCCGGGAGGGGCGGGCGGGCGGGGGGGGGGAGCUGCCUCGGCCGCCUUCGGGCCCCGGAAACGUCCCCGAGUUCGGCAUCUCGGCUUCCACGUCACUUGGGGUUUUGGUUUUGGUGGCGCGAGGGAGGGGGCGGUUCUUGGUUUGCGAGUGUUUUCCCUCAUUCUUAUGUAUUUUCCGUUUUUAGCUUGCAUUUCUAUGUUGUGAACCGCCCCGAGAUCUGUGGUAAAGGGUAGUAUACAAAUUUAAUUAGUAAUGAUAUAUUCGCACAUGUUUCUAAGAGGUUUCCUCUCCUCUCCACACUCCUGUUGACUGUUUUAGAUCGCAAGGUAGUGGCACCGUCUCUUUCCCUCCCUAAAAAAAGGCUGUAUGAGUGGUACAAUAUUUGAUAUUAGGCCCUUUUAUAAGUGUGGCUGUUAUUUGAUGGCUCGGUUCCAUGUGUUUUUGCACAGAAAGGCCCACUAUGUUCAGUUGGUCUUCUUUCCAGGUAAAUGCAUGAAGGUUCUCACGGUUCAUGCUUACCUAUAUAUAAUGUUUUUAUUAAACACUUUGUAAAUAAGGAAAGCAGGGGAGAGCUAGUUAAAUUAACAAUGCUAAGUUAAAUAUAGAGUCUGAGGAAAGGAAUUAUUUUGAGGGUGAUGAUAUAUGAGGCUUUGGGGAGAGCCCUAACGUGAGUUGGGGUGGGAGAAGGAAAUGUGGUAACUUGAAAAAUUGUGCAACUUAAACCUCAGCAGAACUGACAGAAUUGUUGUUAUUAUUGGAUCCCUAACGACUUGAUCCUUUUAUGCUUAAUAACAUUACUGAGUUCAAUGGAACUCACUCCAGCUUUGUAAGGAAGCCCCACAGAAGUUCGUAGUCUGGGGGUUGGGCAGGACUUAACUUGGUGGGGACGGUGGAGAAGUCCCCCCCCCCCCCGCUGCUGAUCUCUCUUGGACCUGGAGUGAGAUUCUUGUUUCUUGUGUUUCCUGCAAAGGAGGGGCAGAGUGCUCUCACUCACUGACCUGCGUGGAAUUUCAUGUGCUUGCCAAUGUGUGGCUUUGUGUCAUCUAUGCCUCUCGGGCUAGUGCUUAAGCACAAGGAUGGCAUCAUACACAGCAAGGGUUCUUAACCCGAGGUCCAUAGAUGCACUUCAAGGGUCCUGUGAACCAGGCACACCAAUAUGAUUUGUUCCCAAUUUAAUAAGAUAAAUUGUAUGCAAAGCUUUGUGCAUGUUUAUGGGUAGGGUGUCCAUAGCUUUCAUUAGAAUCUCCAAAAAGGAUUGUAACCACAUACAGUGGUACCUCGGGUUAAGUACUUAAUUCGUUCUGGAGGUCCAUUCUUAACCUGAAACUGUUCUUAACCUGAAGCACCGAUUUAGCUAAUGGGGCCUCCUGCUGCCGCCGCGCCGCCGGAGCACAAUUUCCGUUCUCAUCCUGAAGCAAAGUUCUUAACCCAAGGUAAUAUUUCUGGGUUAGCGGAGUCUGUAACCUGAAGUGUAUGUAACCUGAGGUACCACUGUGUAUAGGAUUACGUCACAGCAUGGCCCAUCAGAACAUACACUGGAACUUGCUUCUGAGUAAGCAUUUAUAGGGUCUAGCUUCCAACAGUGCACUCUUCCAAUGGGCACACUAACCUCUGCACCACAGUGGCUCUCACUGGGGUGAACCUUUUUUCUUUCAGUUUGCAAAGCCAUAGCUUCUGUGAUAGGUGGAGCUGCCGGUAAGGGACAUUGUCUCACUCUGUCCAUUCAUGCCCAUGUAAUGUGAUUAUUUUAAAAAUUCUAAUGUUUUUAUUUCUGUAGAGGAAAGCAUUCCCCUGUAAAUGCUACAGGAGCACUCAUGCAAACAUUUUAAAAAGUAGGGGGAUGCUCCACCAUUUCAAUAUCAUUGGUUUCUUUGAAGGUUUGCCCCCACCUCAAAUUACCAUUGCAGUUAUAGUGUGUUACACAUUCCCAAACUUAAAUCCCACUGUGCUCUUUAUACAACCUGUUUUGCUAUGGCUGGUUGCAACCCUCUAAAUACCACUAAUUGCAAAAAGAACGAAAUAAAUUCUCUACAAUUAUAAAAAUAGAAGGUGGUGCUGCAUUGGGGUGUGUGGCAACUAGCUUUUUUUUUCUAUCCCAGUUUGUAACACUGCUGCCCUUUAUCAGUAGAUCUCAGGGCAGUUCACAGCAUAAAAAUACAAAGUAUUAUAUAUUGGAUUUAAAUGUGCUUAAAAUAAGACUAUUUGGAAAGUGCAUGUUGUAGGUAAGUUGCUGUAAUGCAUUAAAAUAUGCCUCAAACUGUGCUUCAUUGACUUCUAUUGUUGGGAGUAAAGACGACAGUUGCUGUGCCUGGUGGCGAUAAACAGAUGGAAAAUUUAAUAGGCAAAGGACUGAUGUGCCAUUCUCUUUGAAAAUCUACUAAUCAAAACAUCUAAAAUCACCUGAGGUACAGAAAAGAAGCAAUUCAAAGAAGGAACUAUGGGUUGCUUUAUCAGUAUCUGUUGACAUAGAUGUCACUGAGGAGGAACAUCAUUUUUGGAUUGGAUACAGAAUAUCCAUCUCAUUCUUCUGCAGUAGAAAACAUUGUAGUGCUUGAAUUUGGUUAUUUUAACACCCUAUCUAGUGGCUGUGGACUUGAUUUCCUACUAGUGGAAUAUAUAGCUUUGACAAUUCAACAUUAACUAGUUUCUGGAUGUUUGUGAUGAUUAAAAAAUAGUGGUCUAGACUGCUUCAGGCAGUUAAGAUACUUUGCGAUAGAGUGGUGGUAAACUAUGUAAUAAUAACAAUAUUUCAUUUCAUCAUAGGCUAGUGAUACAGAGCGAGAGGCAAUAGCCCCAGAGAAAUCAUCUCCUGAUAGAGAAAAGAAAAAAGAUGCAUCUAAUUCUCCUAGAACUUCAAAACAUCAUUAUUCAAGGUCACGUUCACGAUCAAGAGAGAGAAAACGAAAGUCAGGUAUGGAAGCCUCUAGCUGUUAAGAGUUUUCCCUAUAAAAACUUGCUGGUGCAUAAACUUGUGAUUUAGUGGUAGUGUGUAGUUAGGCUGCUAACCUAAGCAUGUUUACUUAGAGGUAAAAUUGAAUUCAGUUCAAAUUAUUGCAACUUCCAAGUAAACAAUAACGUUUUCGAUUUAUGUGCAUGUCCUUUUGAGUUCUAUGUUUCAACCUCUUAAAAAUGUGAAAUUUCUCAACACUUUAAGCUUCAGCAUCAUGUUAAGGGUUGAGAGUUGGAGUAGGUGAGGAGCAGAAAGGUAACAUAGAUGUGAAAAUGCUGUUUCAAAUAAUAAUUAUAUUAUAAUUUAUUAUUUAUACUCUGCCCAUCUGGCUGAGUUUCCCCAGCCACUCUGGGUGGCUCCCAAUCAAGUGUUAAAAACAAUACAGCAUUAAAUAUUAAAAACUUCCCUAAACAGGGCUGCCUUCAGAUGUCUUUUAAAAAUAGGAUAGCUGCUUAUUUCCUUGACAUCUGAUGGGAGGCCGUUCCACAGGAUGGGCGCCACUACUGAGAAGGCCCUCUGUCUGGUUCCCUGUAACCUCACUUCUUGCAUUGAGGGAACCGCCAGAAGGCCCUCGGCGCUGGAUCUCACUGUUCGGGCUGAACGAUGGGGGUGGAGAUGCUCUUUCAGGUGUACUGAGGCCGAGGCUGUUUAGGGCUUUAAAGGUCAGCACCAACACUUUGAGUUGUGCUCAAAAACAUACUGGGAGCCAAUGCAGAUCUCUCAGGACCGAUGUUAUGUGGUCCUGGCGGCCACUCCCAGUCACCAGUGUAGCUGCUGCAUUCUGGAUUAAUUGCAGUUUCCGAGUCACCUUCAAAGAUAGCCCCACGUAGAGCGCAUUGCAGUAGUAAGUGGGAGAUAACUAGAGCAUGCACCACUCUGACGAAAUAGAAAUGUAAACCAUUGAAAUAUUUUAAGUACUGGGUAUGACUGGGAAUGGCAUGUCUGUAAAGAAUGAAAAUCCUUUUCCAAGCACCUUUACUUGACAAUAAAUGUUUUAUUCCUUAGAUAAUGACGGGAAAAAGUACAGAAGUCGGAGCAGAAGCAAAGAGGUAAUUAAUACUUUGUAGUGCUUAGGUAAUUGUACAAGAUGUAUUUAAAAGUACAUCAUAGCAUGUGUAAAUCUUAGUAUAUAAAUGUCUUAAUGGUAAGUACAAAAAAUGAUAAUUCAGAAAAAUGUGUUUGGAGAGAGAAGCAUGACUGAAGCCAUCAUUAUGAGAAAAAGGUAACAGUUGACAAAAGUUCACUGACAGAUUAACUGUGGAAACAGCCACAAUAAACAUUUCUUUGGAGAAAUAGGAUUGGUAUAUUUGAUUCUCACAGAGCUUCCAUUGACCAGAGUUCUCCUCAAGAAUUUGCAAAUUUCUUACCCACUUAGUUCUUAAAUAUCCACUUAAUAUUUUGAGUUUUCCUAUGGUGCCAGUGCAUUUGGCAGGGUUUGUAAAAGUAAAUCAAAGGCAAGGGCACUGAGAUGAGGCAGUGGUAGUGAUAACAUUGUUAGGUAAGCCGGUUGCCUCCAGUGGUGAAGUAAUAUCAGUGGAGGAGCCCUAGCAGUAGCCAGAAGGCUAGCCAACUUCUGAUGGGGUAGUGGGGUAGUGUUAGGCUACAGAGAGAUGGGGCCAGUUCUAAUGUGGGGCCAGGGACCUUUUUCUCUUUACCCAAUGGAAGCUCUGUUUUAAAAAGAAAUUAGAGUAUUUGUGAAAUUGAUUAUAUUGUUUAGAUCACAUGAUAACAUUUCUAUAAUAAAUCAUACUCAGCGUGCUAAUGCGCGAAGAGACUGAACUGAAGACGCUCCAGACUCAGAUAGCAAAAUUAUAAGCCUACUUCAUGAUAAGGUAACUAUUAGUCAUUCAAACUCAUAUUUCCCUUUAAAAAGCAACUUAAAUCGGUUAUGGGAUAUUAUGGUGGUUUUAAAUACAAAGUGUAUAUUAGGAAGACUGCUCCAUUAUGUUAAAGUAAGAAAAUCUUUCACUAAACUUAAAAAAUUAUGUGUAGAAGGAGGAUUACACGUUAAAAGUUUGUUUUAAAAGGCUGGUUUCUUUAUGUACAAGUUCUUUAUGUACAACCUGUACACAUUAGCUUUUAAAUUCAAUGGGGAGUAACUGGCGGUGAUAUUUGAAACUGCUGUGGAUGUCUUAAAAUCUGUAACAUUUCAAUAGCUGUUGAAUUAAUGCACUGACUUUUAUGGUUCUAGUGAGACAAUUGAAAGGAAGAAGGGCAGAAGGGUAUGGGCAUUGCACCUGUGUGGAGGCAUGCCCACCGCAGGAAGCUCUCUACCUUGCCUCUACCUUGUGGAGGGUUCAUUCCAUGUUUGCGGGCUGGCUUGCCCAUUUCCUGUAUAUAAUAAGUGGACUCUUUACACUAUUUGUUUUACAACAAAAUUCUAAUGAUCUUUCUUCAGUGGUUGUACAAGUGACUGAAAAAGUAGCCCAAAUGGAUCUAAUUGAUGUUACGAACUACUUGAAACAAAAACUCACCACCUACUAUGUCUAAGAUGAACAAGUAUUAAAAUCUCUAUAGAGUAGGAAGGUGAUAUUUCUUUGCGUAGCCAACUCUCUUUGGCAGUUGUUGAUGUGCAGUAUUGUCUUUCAGUGGGGUUAGUUGCACCUGGAAGAAACAAAGUAGUAGUUGAAGCACCUAGGAUUUACCUUUACUUCUACCUUUGGGUGUGAGUUUGGGGAUUUAAAAAAUAAUAAAGACUCACAUGGUCUUUAGAGUAGAAAUCUAUCCAUAUACAAUUAACUUAAAAAGAAAGAAAGUUACUGAGAUAAUAAGAAAUUUGGGUAAACUGGCCUUACAUGGUAAGAGAUUUCUUCAAAGAAAGUAGCACACAGACUGCUGCAGAUUCAAAACAUGACAGUUGGUCUUAUUGGACCUCUAUAGUGUAAGACUUUAGGGUGGAGAUACUUAUUUAUAAUACUUAGAAAGUUGGCCAGUGCAUGUACUUCCAAGCUUUCUUAAUUGCUGAUGAGCUUGUACGUAAAACGUUUAGACAGUUCUCCUGUGUAUGCUUAUCCCAUCUAGCUUUUGAGCAUAGGGGUGGAAAAACAUGGUCACUAUGCAUGAGGUAAUCAAACACUAGAGAGGCUGCUGUUCUAUCUAAUGCUGUGAAACUGGUAAUGGUGUGAGUUGCUUUAACAACACGGUACAAAAAUGUUUGAAAAGUGUGGGAUGGGAAAUGGGAGGAGGAAUGAUAGCGAGCAUCUGCAACAUUGUGUAGCUGAUGGUGUUAAAAGCCAUCACAGUUGUCUGGGCCACACUCCUAAGGUUACUAAUGUUGCAUCACAACAUAUCAUUCUUUAUCUGCUGAUGCCCAUACUAACUCUCUUUGUUGCACUAUUUUCCUGAAAGAACCAACUUCUUCUUAAAACAGGCAAGAAGACAUGGGUCCAAAGAGAAGUCCUCGAAGAAGCACAAAUUUGAAGACCAUAACGACAAAGAACACUCUUCUGAUAAAGGAAGAGAGAGCCUGGGCACUUCAGAAAAUGGUGAGGAACGGCAUAAGCGCAAGGAGAGGAAACCCUCAAGGGGACGAAGUCAUUCAAGAUCUAGGUCUCGUGAAAGGUAUACUUAACAAUUUCUACUUUGGAAAUGCUUCAGUGUUCUUUAUGCUCUUGUUCUGUUAGACGUGCCCAGCUACGCCUUCAUCCUUUGUUCCAGCAUACCUGGUGCAACAUCACAGAUGUGCCAGAUCGGUUUUUUGUAUGGGUUGGUGUUACUGUUUGUAACUUUUUUGAUUUUGAGGAUCAAGUGGCCAGAGUUUCAGCUGUUUUUCCUCCCCAUACGUAGGAUUUGUUUACUGUAACCCUUUUGCCAAACCUUUAGGUUAUGCCACAAAUUUGUUUUCCAGAAUGAAAAUACUUAGUAGUGUUCAGGCCACUGACUUCAUUUGAAGUGAAGUUACACUAUUUGUAGAUGAGCCCAAAACUGACAGCUUUUUGUGACCUCUCAGUAGAAGAUAAUGAGCAGGUUUCCUUUGCAUCUUGUUGCUAUUAAAUGUGAAUAAUAAAGCUAGAAAAUGUUACCAGAAGUUUGGAAUGUGUUUGCAGGCGUCACCGUAGUAGAAGCCGUGAUAGAAAAAAGUCACGAUCUCGAAGCCGAGAUAAAAAGCGACGUGUAAGAUCACGUUCUAGAUCAAGAUCUAGACACAGGCAUCGGAGCAGGAGCAGAAGCAGAACUAGGAGCAGGAGCAGGUAUGUUAAGUUCUUUCUUUUUUCCUUGAGAUAAAAAUUAUAGGGUCGGUGCUAGCAGUUGGAAGUUGCACUCUGAAGAGCAGGUAGAUACAGUUAAUUUAUGGUCAAACAGUCAAAUAAUUACAUGAUAAAAUACCUUUACCUGCAGAGAAAGAAAGAAGAGACCUGAAAAGCCCAGAAGAUUCAGUAGAAGUCACAGCCGAACUCCAAGUCCACCUCCUUUUAGGGGACGAAACACAGCAAUGGAUGCACAGGAAGCAUUAGCUAGAAGGUACUAUGAUUUUUUUGGCCUUAAGUUUAUAGAAGCCAAGAACUUACUCUGUUUACCUUUUACUGACUUAGAGUAGAAGCACAGCAUGCAAGCUUUGAGGGGGGACCAUUGUCAUUCUCUACACACCCCUGCACCAAAUUUUAACAUAUUAAAAUGUGGAGAGCUAUUUUAGGCACUGAUACCUAGAUGAAGUCAAAAGCAUAGUGUACUCACAACAUUUUUGCUUGAUGUAUUUGCACUUUUAUCAAUACACAACUGAAAAGUACCUUUGCUAUAGUGAAAGCUAGAAGCAUACAUCACAGAACCACUCCGUUAUGUUCUUUGAGUUGGAGGGUUCUAUGAAUGCCCUUCAGGAAUAACAAUUGUUAGUAUAAAAAACAAAGGGGAAAAGAGAUCAAUGUGGGGGGGAAAUAAUAACUUUUGAUCAAUUGAUUUAUUUUGCAUAUUUCCUAGAUUGGAAAGAGCAAAAAAACUGCAAGAACAGAGAGAGAAAGAACUGGUUGAAAAACAGAAGCAACAAGAAAUGGCUGCUGGUAAUUCUGUUUUUAUGAACUGCUAGAACAUAAUGAAUAGUAGUGGAAAUAUUUAUAGCUUCAUAUUGGAAAGCUAUAAAAAGAAGAAACCUCAUUUGUUUUAAAAUAAAGCAACAGAAACUUCUCUAUUCAAACUUUUCUCUUUUUUUGACAGUCCCUAAAAAUAGUUGCAUCACCAGACAAAUGCUUAGAGAACUAGCAAAAGCUGUCUAAGGUCUUUCAAUUGGCUAGCUUGUACUUAAUGCCCAUUAAGAUGAAACUUUUACUUAGUCCAUGUUUCUGAGAUUAAAAAAAAUUCUGGAAGCUUCUUCUUGUAUAACAUGUUAAUGUUCAUUUUAGCGGCUGCUGCCACCGGCACUUCUGUCAUCAAUGUUGCAGCUCUUCUGGCCUCUGGAACACAAGUCACUCCUCAGAUAGCUAUGGCAGCUCAAAUGGCAGCCCUGCAAGCAAAGGCCCUGGCAGAGACAGGAAUAGCUGUUCCAAGCUAUUAUAAUCCAGCAGCAGUAAAUCCCAUGAAGUUUGCUGAACAGGAGAAGAAGCGGAAAAUGCUGUGGCAAGGCAAAAAAGAAGGGGUAUUUUUCUUUGUCUAAUUAUUCCACUUUGUGCCUUGGGAAUUGUUGACAACAAGGACAUAACUUGUAAUAUUCCUGCAUUGCAGGAAGUUGGACUAAAUGACCCACGGGGGUCCCUUCCAGUUCUGUGAUUCUGUGAUACAAUGGGCACAAGCCACAUGUCAGCAAGAGGGGCCUCUUAGUAGCACACAGAACAUUUAGCCAUCUAAUGGUCAUACUUGGCAGUGUAACCAUUGUUUUAUUUUUUAAAAGUCUGGUAUGUUCAGAAUUCUAACGAGCAUCUGCCAUCGUAAUCUCAAGUGUCUUAAGGUCUACAGAGCCAGUAGGUGGUCUAGUUGACAUGUUGAAUAGCUGUCAAAAAAGACUUUCUAUGAGAAGUUCAGAAAGGGCACUUGUCUUAAGGGUGCUGGGAUUAAAAAUAUUUGCUUAAUCUUCACUAAACCAGCAGUCCUGCAACAUUCUUAUUUACAUUAUUGAAAGUUUUAGGCUUGCAGCCAGAUUGUUUUUUUCUAGUUCCAGUUCCAAAGGAAACGUGUUAAAACAAGAGUGUGUGAGAAAUACUUUAGGACCUCUUGCUUAUUAGUAUAUUUAAACAGUUUCCCCCAUUGUAUCAUCAGAUCUAUAAAUCAAAAUGAGUUGCAAAUUUACCUAUGUGUUAUAUAUGUAUAUAAUAAAUCACUUUGUGUUUCUAUAGGAUAAAUCACAAUCUGCAGAAAUCUGGGAGAAACUGAACUUUGGAAACAAGGACCAAAAUGUCAAAUUUAGAAAAUUAAUGGGUAUUAAGGUAUGUGAAAUGUAGAAAAACUCAUAACCGAAAUUGCUUUCAAGUAAGAGCUCAGGUUAAACGACUCUCUCGAAGCGGUUCAAAUCAGCAUAUACAGCAAGACGCCAUUCACCGCAGUUUCUGGCCCAGAACUAGGUGGUCAGUUUAAUACAUUGCCAGUUCAGUAGGCCUCCAGUAUAAUCAGGGGAGGUAUAUGAACUUCAAAAUAGAAAUUUAAUUAAGUAAUAAUUAAGAGUGAGCCAGCAAUAAAUCACACAGAUUAUGUGCUAUUAAAUGUAAUACACUUAUAUGAACACAAGUGGAGUUAACUCUUUAUUAGAAGAAACAGUAACUGCUCAGGAGUACCAAACCCACUGAGCACAGGAACUCUUCUUCGGAAGGUCUUCCACAAGAGACAUUUGUGGGGACUGAAUGUCCUCACCUUCCCAUAGCUGGUUAAGUCUCCUCCUCUCCCAGAUCUUUCCCAAGCAAUCUGAGAUGGUGGCGGUGUGCUGGCCUUCAUUCCGCCCACUUCAUGUCUCUCCUGGUGCUGGGAGACCGGGGGGGGGGGGAGCUCGUUGGAGCAGGAGGGGGAGAUCCCACCCCAAUACUUUUUUCAACAGUGACUCAGAUGAGUCUGCUGCUUCUGAUUCUGCACUUCUCUCUGCCACAGAUUCCCUUCUCACUAAGCCCUGUUGCCUCUUCAGCUUCUGACACCUCCUCCCAGUCUUCUCCCUCUGACCAUCAUCGCACCACCACUAAACUGGGGGUUUAGUUUGGGGGUUCCCCAGCUGGUGCCUCCCCCUAUUCCUCUGCAUCCAGCCAGUCCAUGACAAGUACUAGAUAAGCUGUAAUAUUCCAAGGAAAAGUAAAAAUGUGUUGGGUUGAGCCAUGGGAGAUUACAUCUUUAAACGUUAAAUUCUUGGCAAAUUCUUUUGCAAAAUGUUUCUAUAAACCUACACCAAAAUGAAUUAAUGACGGUUAGGUGUGCUAUAUAUCCUUGAAAAUGAUAACAUAUUUCCCCAGGCAUUUGCACUCUGCAUUUACUUGCUCUGGAAAUUCCAGCUGCAGAAAAGAUGCUUUAAUGAAUGAAUUGCCAGAAUAAUAGAUGACUAGUUUAGAGGACAUAUCUGUUAACAUAUUUUAAUAAAAAUCAUAAUAUAUUAUUUCAAUUCUAGAGUGAAGAGGAAGCUGGUGGUAGUAGUUCGGUGGAUGAAGAAAGUUACAAGACUUUGAAACAGCAGGAAGAAGUAUUCAGAAAUCUAGAUGCACAAUAUGAAAUGGCAAGGUCACAGACACACACCCAAAGAGGGAUGGGAUUGGGAUUCACAUCUUCGAUGCGAGGAAUGGAUGCUGUUUGAAAGAACGUGAUCUUAAAGCCUGGGACUUUGUCAAAGAUUAUUGUUCAGAUAUUGGGUCCUUGUUCACCAAAGGCUAGCAUUCUAGCUUGCAUGGGGUGUUGCAUUGACUUUAAUUUAUUGACAUUACAAUUUUUGUAAAUAUCAGAUCAGUGAUAACUGGUGUUCCAUGUUGUAAUCAGGUUAUACUCACUUCCAUUAUACUUGACAGAGCUGUAGGAGGACAUUUUUAGUUCUGUAUUUCAAAACAGAACAGGUGAGGAUAAACUCAUACAUGGAUAUUUUGUGUCCACUGUCUUGUGUACUUUUGUACUUUAACCUUGUACAGUUAUUUUCAACUCUUGAAACAUAAAACACAUUGUGUAGGUGUUACUCUAGCAGACUGGGCCAGUGGGUGCAUAAUGCAGUGCAAAAACCUGGUUAAUAAAAAUGUUUUUUCUCAAAUAGUACUGUUUUUAAGUUCAGUGGAUGAAUUGCUCAGAGCUUAAUUUUGUACAAUUCAUUGUAACUUUAUCUCUAGAAAGAAGCUUACUUCAACAUAACUAGAGCAGAGCAAAAUUGAGUUUUCAUGAGUUCCUGCAUUAUGCUACUGCAAGCCCUUGCUCAGGAGAUACUCUCCUCUAGGCAGAGUUCUCACUGGACUCACUCUAGUCUUAUUCCAACCUGCCCAAACAAGUGGAAGUAAACUAUACCAUAUCUAACAAGAUGAAUGUUACCAUGUCCCGUGCCUGCUUAUUCUAGCAGUAGGUUUUGAUAAAAGCUUUUGGCAACGUAAAACUAUCACCACCAGCUCAACAUUUGCAAUGUGACCUGUAUGAAAAACAUGUUUUUCAUAAUAUGCUGUGUGGGGGCUUUAUAUCUUUUAGUUAGGCUGUGCAAUGUAAUUUAAAAAGUUGCAUAGCAACAGAGUAUGUUGCACUGCAACUUUUGAACUGUAACUUUUGUUGCAUGUUAAGAAGAGAACUGAAACUACCACUAGAAGUGUUGUAAAAUCAAUAGGUAAUCUCUUUGGAGAAUCACUUGUCAAUAAUUCUUGUUCAGUUAUUGAGCCCUUGUUCCCCAAAGCUAGCAUUCUAGUUUGCAUGGGUGGUCUGGAACAGUAGCAGAAUUUUGAUACUGUCUGCCCCAGAUUGACUUCUCAUGCUCUUUUUCUCAAGUGGUACUCUUGCGAUAGUUCCAAGGGCUUCAUAUGCUAUAGAGUUACAAAAGUAAGUUUGAUUAAAAUUGAAAUUGAAGCCCACAGACUUCUGUGGAAUUUAUUCAAAGGGAAAUAACUGAAAGAGGUAGGGAGUGCUUGGUGAUGGAUUGCGCCAAUGGACUACUGUAUGCUUUUCAGUACCCAGAAAUAUAGAUGUAUUGAUU